CUUGCAUGAUUAUGUUUGCAAUAUAAGCAUUUCCUUUUAUGUUGAUAUUUGGAAGAAAUUAACCUUUUUUUUUUGGCUUUAUUAUUUUAGCCAUGUCCUUCAGGGGCCCGUGAUUUUCGAGAAAAGCAAUGUGCGGAUUUUGACAAUAUGCCUUUCCGGGGAAAGUAUUAUAACUGGAAACCCUACACUGGAGGUGGGGUUAAACCAUGUGCAUUGAACUGCUUGGCUGAAGGUUAUAAUUUUUACACUGAACGUGCUCCUGCAGUAAUAGAUGGGACUCAGUGCAAUGCUGAUUCACUGGAUAUCUGUAUCAAUGGAGAAUGCAAGCAUGUAGGUUGUGAUAAUAUUUUGGGGUCUGAUGCUAAGGAAGAUAGAUGCCGUGUUUGUGGAGGAGAUGGGAGUACAUGUGAAGCCAUUGAAGGUUUCUUCAAUGAUUCAUUGCCCAGAGGAGGCUAUAUGGAAGUGAUUCAAAUUCCAAGAGGUUCUGUGCACAUUGAAAUAAGAGAAGUGGCAAUGUCAAAGAACUACAUUGCUUUAAAAUCUGAAGAAGAUGACUACUAUAUUAAUGGUGCCUGGACUAUUGACUGGCCAAGAAAGUUUGAUGUUGCUGGAACAGCUUUCCAUUACAAGAGGCCAACAGAUGAACCAGAGUCUUUGGAAGCACUAGGCCCUACUGCAGAAAAUCUCAUAGUCAUGAUUCUGCUACAGGAACAAAAUUUGGGUAUAAGGUAUAAAUUCAAUGUUCCCAUCUCUCGCACUGGCAGUGGAGACAAUGAAGUUGGCUUUGCAUGGAAUCAUCUGCCUUGGUCAGAAUGUUCUGCCACUUGUGCUGGAGGUGUGCAGAGACAAGAGGUGGUGUGUAAAAGGCUGGAUGACAACUCCAUUGUACAAAACAAUUACUGUGACCCUGACAGUAAGCCUCCAGAAAACCAAAGAGCCUGCAACACUGAGCCUUGCCCACCUGAAUGGUUUAUAGGAGAUUGGUCAGAAUGCAGUAAGACCUGUGAUGGAGGAAUGCGUUCACGAACAGUUCUCUGUAUCAGAAAGAUUGGACCUUCUGAGGAGGAGACACUGGACAGUACCAACUGUUUAACACACCGGCCUAUUGAAAAAGAGCACUGUAACAAUCAGUCCUGUCCCCCACAGUGGGUCGCUUUGGACUGGUCAGAAUGCACACCAAAGUGUGGCCCAGGAUUCAAACACCGAAUUGUUCUGUGCAAAAGCAGUGAUCUUUUAAAAACUUUUCCAGCCGCACAAUGCCAAGAGGAAAGCAAGCCGCCAGUCCGCAUCCGCUGUAGUUUAGGCCGAUGUCCUCCUCCUCGCUGGGUUACUGGAGACUGGGGACAGUGUUCUGCACAGUGUGGUCUUGGGCAACAGAUGAGAACAGUACAGUGCCUCUCAUAUACUGGACAAGCAUCCAGCGAGUGUCCAGAAACACUUAGACCUCCAUCAAUGCAGCAGUGUGAAAGUAAAUGUGACAGUAGUCCCAUUUCCAACACAGAUGAGUGCAAAGAUGUGAACAAAGUGGCAUAUUGCCCACUGGUGCUGAAGUUCAAGUUCUGCAGUCGAGCAUACUUCAGACAGAUGUGCUGCAAGACCUGCCAAGGACACUGACCCACAGAAAGCACAAGAAUGUGCCUUGUUAUUAUCAUUGUGGAAGAGUGUCCAUCGAAGAGAGCCACACAGCGGAAUGAGAUUGACGUCCUUGCAAAUGCAUUACCCUGUGGAAAACGUAACCACUGGUCAGCCCCAGCUGACAGGAUUUCAAUAUUAUUUUAACUUCUGUGAAGUGGGAUUUAUUAAUCCGAAGUGCUGGACACAGUAUAAGGAGGGCAUGCCAAAUUGGAAAGAUCCACACAACACAUAUAGAAUAGCUUACUGUGGAACAUUUGUGUUCUUUUGACUAAAUCCAAUAGUCUGUUUACCUCCUUGGACCAUUCAGAUAAUUUUUAUUAUGGACUUAGCAAUGACACUGAAUCCAUUUGUAUUUAAAACUGUUUAAAAUGUAGCUGUUAUGACUUGGUCUACUAUGGAAGUAAAGAAGAAUCAAAAAAAUGUUAAGUCAUAGCUUAAAAAUGUUAACUAUUUUAUCUCACAACACAGCACCACAAUUUAAAUUAUAAAAUGAGCUUGGAAAUGUUAUUUAAGGAGCAGAAAUUUAAAAAAAAUGUAUUUUUCCUUCAUUCCACCUAAUUCCUUUUGGAGUAAUCCAUAUUUCCUGAACACUGCUGUGAGCCAUAUAUCUAUACUAAAUAGAACAACCAUGAGGGACUUAGUUUUAAGAGGUGCAACAGUUAUUGCAGUGGUGCAUGAAAUACAAGCGUGCUAUGAAAUGAAGUGAAAUCUGUGUUGCAGGUUUAUAGCCAUCUUACCAUUGUACAAGUGAAGCUGAGAUUUCCACUGAAAGGGAAUGUGUUUCAGUAUCACGGAGGAGGCAGACUCCAACAGUGGUGAAGACCAUAUUGCCGGCUCCUUCACUACUACCGUACAGGUUGCUUAGAACUUACACUUUGACCCCAGCUCACUUUUGUUUACAACACCAGCCACAAAGAAGAAAUCACUUUGUGGGCGUCUAGGUCUGGUUUACAUGUUACUUUUGAUUCUCCAAAACUAAGGAAUUCCAGUGCAAAAGAUAAGCCUACUGUGUAGUACCAACAAUCAUUUGCAAAGCUGAAAGUUAAAAUGGAUUCCAGAUGUUGCCUUCUUUGAUACCAUAGCAGAAGGUCAUUUGUUUAUGAGAAAGAAUAUGUGAAUGUGCAGUUCAGGAGACCACAUCAGAGUGGGCAAGGAUUACAACCAAAGACUAAACGACUCGUGGAGGUAUCUAGGUUCUGUUCAAAUGAGAAGUCAAAAGUGUACUUGAGCCAGGAGGCCUGUUGGACUAUCAGGAGUAAGGCACACUGGAAAAGGGGUGGCUAGAAUGAAGUCUGGCCACCUUCACCUAAAUGGCCAGGUACAUAUUUAAAGCUGGACCAUAUUUAAAGCUAGGGGCAGCUUUCAGCAUGAGACUGGAACAAACUCAUGCCUCUGGAUUAGUAGCUAGAGGCCUUAACUAUUCUGCUGCCAUACUCCACUUAUUUCUUAUUACCAUAUUUUUAAUAUUCACCAAAUACUUCGCAUUUUUAAAUGUGAAACCAAACUACUUAGGCAAGUCACAUUCAAGAAUCUACCAUAAAAAAGUUAAUUGUCAUGCUCCUCUUCCCCAUCACUUUUCAAUAACAGACUCAACAAGGAGAUAAAGAAAGUAGGUACUUGUUUAUAUUAAUAUAUUGUACUUGAACACUUGCCUUUUGCAGCAGGUACUUGAUGAAUGUGCUUUUGUGUCCAACUAUGCCUCCUUUGUUGUAGUGCAAUUAAAAUUAUGUGAACAAUAAUGUGUUACAAAUCCUAACUCAAAUAGCACUUUUUUUAAAAAGUACUCUUUUCAGUGAAAAAUAAUUUCAAAAUAUCAUGAGAUUGAAGUGUACCAGUAUAUUUUACCAAUAACACGCCAAAUGUGUUGCACACUAUUUACUAAUGUGAAUUAACAUGGAACAGUAGAUAUUAACAGGACUCAUGCUAUGAAGUCCCCCCAACAUACUGACAAUCUAUCCGUGGGGUUUUGUGUAGCCCACGUAUUCAUGGCCAUCAAAUUCCUGUCAUCUGCUACCUCUUGCCAGUAUUUCCACUUUCGUAUGCCUGUGACCAGUGGAACUCCUUUUCAGUUGGCUUGCAUGUGUUCACAUAUGCUUAUCUGCUGCUCUCAUCACCAUGUAAACAACUCCUGUUAAAACUGACAUCAAUAGAUAAAAAAAAAACAAUCUUUGGGAGUUGCACAUAGGGAUUAAGGGCAGUAUGUAGUCCUUCUCUGUUAAGUGAAUCAACUUUCUAUAUCCUUUUGACAAAACACCUUGGUGCUAGCAUGCCCUGGCUAGAUCAAAAAUAUGAAAGGGAAAGGGGUUGCUAUGGCAUUCCCUAAGCAAGAGGCCUCUUUGUAUCAGGGUCCGGGUUUCGCCAGGGCUUGAUUUUGUUUAUCAGCUAAUGUGUCUUUUCAGCUAACAAGAAAAGGGUUUUCUAUCUAUUCAAAAGAAACCCUUUUUUCUUUUACCUCACUUAGGACAUUAAAAUUGUAAGGAGUGUUUCCAAAGACACAUUUUGCUCUCUUACUGGUGCUAGAACAUUAGGGAGUCCGAUGUUUACUCUGCAACAUAACAGCACUGAGGUUGGAAUUUAAAGAACUCCCUGGAGCAACGUCAAAUUGUAUUGUUGAAGGGAACAAAACACAGAAUGUAUGUGGAUUUACAAACUAAGCAACGCUUCAGACUAAGACCGAAAAAUGAAACAUAAUUCAAAGAAAAAUAAUUAGUUUUCACAGCACAGUUCAUUGCUGCUGCUACACUGUAGCCAUCUAUAUAAUCUAAGCUAAAUAGUGUUAUAUUCCUAAAUAGUGACAAAAGGACUAUUUGUAUAGGCUAUAAAUAUGACAGGCCUAGAAUCAAAUAGUAGAAUACGAAAUGCAGAAAUCAAUCUGGUGCCAGUUACGUCCACUGAGCAAUACUAUCAGCUGAAGAAGAUCAAAACAGAAAGAAAAAUCUAGACAUAACCCCUCAAGGUGUAUACACCCAAAAAUAGUCCAUUUCGUUAGGAACUUUGUAAUGGAGUGAAUGUCACAUAGAUAUCCUUAAUAAUACAGACUGAAAUUACCUUUGUAUUAUUGUGAUUAGUUGCUUAUUAUUUUAUACUCAGUAUUAAUGUGGUACACUGUUACUUUAUUAUUAUUAUUUUUGCUUUUGUAAAUUAUAUUCUAAUUUAUUGUCAUGUUUCUUAACACUUGUUCUACAUGCAUUCUCCUGCUUGUAAUGAAAACAAAAAUAUUGUAACACUUGAUGCAGUGAAAUUCCACACCAGGCACAGAUUUGUUUUUAACAUAGAUAAUUUAGUAAAAUAAAACCGCAGCUUUUAAGAAUGA